AUGAGGACCACACUUGAAAAUAUAAGGGGUCCCCGAAACAGGGACCCCUUUGUUAACGUACCCGGUGGUACACAACCUAACAGGAUUUUUGUUACCGAACCCGGUCUGUAUAGUCUUGUGUCCCGUUCUAGGUUACCCGCCGCCGAGGAUUUUCAACGGUGGGUAUUCGAAGACGUCCUUCCCUCUAUCCGAAGAACGGGAACGUACACGUUACCGGGAGUGAUGAAUAUGAUAAAAGGUAUUGAUGAUAUGGAAUUACAACAACUCGGAAUGGACGACCAGGCGGAAGCGCGUGGUGAUCUUGUCCACAAGGGGAAUCUUGUCAAAAAUAAACUAAAAGUCGAAGCUGGAAAAAAAGGGGGAAAAGCCGUCCAGGAAAAUAUUAGACAGCUUAAAAUAGAAUUGGAAGAAAAAGGAUUCAAAGUCUAUGAACAGGAGAAAGAGGUUACAGAACUUAGGAUCAAAGUAUCAUGUCUGGGGAUUGAAAUAGAUGUACUUGAAGAGGAAAAGGACGAGCUAUUGGAAGAAAAUGAAAGAUUUAUGGAAGAAAUAAAUAGACUUGUAGAUACGAAUGACAGACUCGCGAAAGAAUUGGAAAAAAUGAAAUCUGAAGAUAAGACACAACUCGUCUGA